AUUUCGUCUUAACAAGGGGAGUGAAACAUAGACACACCAGAGGAGAAGACUGAGGAUGAGAAUGCUGUGAAACUGAACCAACCAUGGCAACCAAACCAAGCCCUUCUUCUACUGCUCAUCCGAAAUCUGGAGGAGCCAUUUCCAAGGGCUACAACUUCGCAUCUCACUGGGAACAGAAUGCUCCUUUGACAGAGCAGCAGCAAGCUGCCAUUGUUACUCUUUCUCAUGCCGUCGCUGAUCGCCCGUUUCCUCCCAAUUUGGCCCAAGAUCGUAUCUCUGGACAAGAUAAUGGCUUGUCCGUCUCCACGAAGGAAAACUCCUUGGGAUUUGAGCACUCUGGAGCUAUAGAAGCUGUUCUCGUCAAUACAAAUCAGUUUUAUAAGUGGUUCACGGAUCUUGAAUCAGCCAUGAAGUCUGAGACGGAGGAGAAGUAUCGGCAGUAUGUGAACACAUUGACAGAGCGCAUACAGACAUGUGACAGCAUACUUCAUCAGGUGGAUGACACUUUAGAUUUAUUUAAUGAGUUACAGCUGCAACAUCAAGCAGUAGCAACAAAGACAAAAACUCUUCAUGAUGCAUGUGAUCGCUUGGUAGUAGAGAAGCAAAGGCUGAUUGAAUUUGCAGAAGCACUUCGUAGUAAGCUCAACUAUUUUGAUGAAUUGGAGAAUAUCUCUACAAAUUUUUAUUCUCCAAAUAUGAAUGUUGUCAAUGAGAACUUCCUUCCUCUGCUCAAACGCCUUGAUGACUGCAUAGCGUAUGUAGAAAACAAUCCACAGUAUGCUGAAUCUGGCGUUUACUUACUCAAAUUUCGACAACUGCAGUCUCGAGCAUUGGGUAUGAUUCGCUCUCAUGUACUUUCUGUACUCAAAAGUGCUUCUUCUCAGGUUCAGUCAGCAAUCCGGAGCAAUAGUAGCAGCAAGGCAUCUCUUGCUGAGGGUGUAGAGGCAUCUGUUAUAUAUGUUCGUUUCAAGGCAGCGGCAAGUGAGCUUAAGCUAGUGCUGAAGGAAAUUGAAAGUAGAUCAUCAAGAAAAGAGUAUAUUCAGCUACUUGCAGAAUGCCACAAACUUUAUUGUGAGCAGAGGCUUUCCUUGAUCAAAGGCAUAGUUUAUCAACGAAUAUCUGAGUUUGCAAAGAAGGAGUCCUUGCCAUCAAUGACUCGAUCUGGAUGUGCGUAUUUAAUGCAGGUUUGUCAGCUUGAGCAGCAACUCUUUGAUCAUUUUUUCCCAGCCUCUUCAGAGGACGUUUCAAGUUUGGCUCCAUUGAUAGAUCCUUUGUCUACAUACUUGUAUGAUACAUUGAGGCCAAAACUUAUUCAUGAAACAAAUAUUGAUUUUCUUUGUGAGCUUGUUGAUAUUCUUAAAGUCGAAGUGCUGGGGGAACAACUAAGUAGACGGAGUGAAUCUUUGUCUGGAAUACGUCCUACAUUACAGAGGAUUCUAGCAGAUGUUCAUGAGAGGUUGACUUUCCGAGCCCGAACACAUAUUCGUGAUGAGAUAGCUAAUUAUCUGCCUUUAAACGAAGACUUGGAUUACCCUGCUAAGCUAGAGCAGUCUGCUGAGAAGAAACCUGAAACAACUUCUGCUGAUGAAAACCAAGAUGUAUUUAAAUCUUGGUAUCCCCCACUAGAGAAAACACUAUCUUGUCUUUCAAAGUUAUAUCGUUGUUUAGAACCAGCAGUUUUCACUGGUUUAGCACAGGAAGCUGUAGAAUUUUGCUCAGAAUCCAUCCAAAAAGCAAGCAAGCUCAUAACAAAGAGAUCUUCACCAAUGGAUGGCCAAUUGUUUCUCAUAAAGCAUCUUCUUAUCUUGAGGGAGCAGAUUGCACCUUUCGAUAUUGAGUUUUCAGUGACACACAAGGAACUUGACUUUUCUCAUUUGCUGGAUCAUUUAAGACGGCUACUUAGAGGUCAAGCCUCUCUAUUUGAUUGGUCUAGAUCUUCUUCCCUGGCGAGGACCUUAUCACCCAGAGUUUUGGAAAGUCAAAUAGAUGCUAAGAAGGAACUGGAGAAAAGUCUGAAGGCCACUUGUGAGGAAUUCAUCAUGUCUGUCACUAAGCUAGUUGUUGAUCCUAUGCUUUCAUUUGUCACCAAGGUUACAGCUGUUAAAGUUGCUUUGUCCUCAGGCAGCCAGAACCAGAAAGAGUCAUCUAUGGCCAAACCACUCAAGGAUCAGGCUUUUGCUACUCCAGAUAAAGUGGCUGAACUUGUUCAAAAGGUUAGCGCUGCCAUUCAGCAGGAGCUGCCUACAGUGAUGGAAAAGAUGAAACUAUAUCUGCAGAAUUCAUCUACGCGAACUAUACUUUUUAAACCAAUAAAGACAAAUAUUGUUGAAGCUCAUACCCAAGUACAAUCCUUGCUGAAGGCUGAGUAUUCCCCGGAAGAGAUACAAAGCAUCAUUAAGAUGCCCGCCAUACAAGAUUUAGAAGCACAACUUGACAGUUUUCUGUAGACUGGCUUUGGAAGCCCCUAUUGAUUGAGUUGCUUCAUACCCUAUUCCUGUUGUUUGAUGAUCUCUUACCACACAGCGAGCUGAGGCUUUAAUCGUUAAUGGAAAGAGUUACCAAAAUAUGGUACCUGAACUUUGGCAUGGAACAUGUAAUUUUUUUUUCAAUCUUUCUUUGUCGAGUUAUACAAGUAUCAAUUUUGAUUUAUCGAUGAUGGAUGAUUUUUGCUUGUCUUAUCUCAUGAUAGGUCUACGAAAUACCUCAAUUUAUAUAUGUAGCUUUUAGGGAAAGAUUUGUAUCAUGACUCGAUGAGCUAUUUCUGCAACAAAAUAUAAAAUGUUUAAAAUUGUUUUGCUGUUUUUCA